AUGUUUGAGGUGUCGGUGGGAGCGCUGAGUGCGCUUUGGGUGCCAUGGGUGCAGGAACAGCUGCGGCAGCGACCUCAGCUGCGAUAUGGUGUGGCCACCUUGAUUUUGGGCCGCUUCACCUACCUGUUGGCUCAGGAACGGGUCUUGGAUGCCGGUUUCUGGGGCGUCUUGACGCUGCCAGCCCUCACCCAGCUGCGCGGCACGCUGCUUGCGCCCGAACUGGUGCGCCUCGAGACCGCCACGCCAGACUCGGACGCCGAUGUGGCGCUGAAUAUCUGCCCCACGCCAAUUGAUGAGCUGGUCCUGGGUGCUCAUUGCGGCAUGCUGGGAGCUCUUUUGGGCUUGCGACUGCCCUACGCCCACUGGCCUGCGUGGUAUCAGGGCUUGCAUGCGCCCGUUGUGACGACCCUCUUGUGCAUUCCGGCCGUCCAGGCCGUGGCCAUGACCGAGCAGACGCCCUGGGCUCCCCUCGCCCUGGCGAGUGGCCUGUGCGCCCACCUCGGCCUCUUGAUCGGCGCCGAGGCGCCCUUGUCCUCCAUCUUCGGAGCCAUCGUCUACAGUCUGCCCCUGACCAUCAACGGCUAUCGCGCGCUGGGCGGCGGUCCCGACCAGGAUGAUGAUCCAUCCGCGGCCUUUGUGCCCGAAGUUGACAAAGAGGAUCGCUACUACAAGCUCGGCAUGGCCCAAUUCACGUGCAGCACCUUUGCUUGGGGCCUCUACAUGCGUCAGACGGACGCCCCAGUCCUGCCCACGGCCCGCGCCGUUCGCACCGCCCGCUAUGUCACUGCCUCCUCUGCCUAA